AUGGGGGUCCGCUCAGGUGCUGCAGUAGACACGAGAAAUAAUUUGGGGCAGACUCCGCUAUUCAUAGCUGCUUUGCUGGACCUUGUCAAAGUUGUUGAUGUUUUAUUGGAGUUUGGAGCAAAUCCUAACCACCGGUGUGAGGAUCGGAGUACUCCUGUACAUGCAGCAGCUUUUUCCUGCAAUCAGUGGAUUCUCAGUAAGUUACUGGAUGCUGGAGGUGAUCUGCGUCUGAAUGAUAAAGAUGGAAGAAUACCCCGUACCUGGGCUAAGUCAGCUGGCAAGGAACGUAGUACUCGGAUCCUUGAGUUCAUGCAGAGAUGUGCUUUACACAUGCAGGGAAUCACACAACAGAUUGUCUGCAGUAACACACAUCGAGUUGGCUGUUCAUCACAAGCCCUGAUACGGAACCCUUCCAUACUCAACAAAAUCACUUUGGGGAACAAAGACAUGGAGUUUCUCAACAUCCCUAAAGAUAAAAGUAUUUCAUCACAGAGAGUUCAGUGCUUUGGAUUUGGGAAGUUCUGUCUACAUGGACCAGCACAGUUAGCUUACCUUGCUUCCAUCCCAAUUGUUAAUGAAAAGGAAUUGGUGCAGGCAGAUGAUGAACCAACCUUUUCGUAUGCAAAUGGACCUUACACAACAAUGACCAAUUUAACAUGGAAUGGAAUUCGGGUCACUGUGAAACACAUGAAUCUUCCAACUCAUCAAAACUGCAGCAAACGAUUGUCGGCUGAUUUACUGAUUGCAGAGCAAGAGUACUGCAGUCAACUUCGGCACCCAAACUUCCUGAUGCUGAUGGCUGUGUGCCAGAUGUCUGAUCUGGAUCAGAUUCGUUUAGUGUACGAGAGAGUUAAUCUUGGUUCCCUUUAUGGAGUAUUGCAUGAGAGGCGUUCAGAAUUCCCAGUCUUGCUCAUGGAGACGAUUGUACAAAUAAUUCUACAGAUUACUGAUGCUGUGCUUUUCCUUCACUCACGGGGCUACAUCCAUCGAGCAAUCAGCUCUCAUGCUGUGCAGCUUAUUUUGCCUAGCAUUGCCAAAUUAAGCAACUUCGAAUUCAUGAUUGAAAGCAUUGAUGGAGGCACGCACAGCAAUCUCUCCCAAUUCCCUAUCCCAACACAGUUUUACAACUGGCUAGCACCAGAAAUAAUUCGGGGCAAGCCUGCCACUUUCAAGUCAGAUGUCUACAGCAUUUGUAUACUUAUUCAGGAACUGUUUACAGAUGUAGUUCCCUGGGAAGACCUGGAUGGAUUUGCAGUGAAGGAAUUAAUAGCAACAGGACGAUAUUUAACCGUGGAUGAACAAGUUCCUAAGCCAUACUAUGACAUAGUGCAAACUGGGAUUCAACCAAAGCCACAGAAUCGGACUAUGAACCUUCAAGAUAUCCGCUUUAUUCUCCGGAAUGACAUCAAGGAUAUAAUUAACAAUCAGCAGAAAUAUACCCUUGAAAAAGUCCAAUCCAAAGUGGAGAGCUUAUAUGAUGAUAUCAAUAUGUCUGUGGCAGCCAGCUCAGACGAUGCAGACUUCAGGAAAGAGCAGGUACAAGUUCAGGAGGUGAAUGCCAGCAAAGGAAGACAACCUGAACAUGUAAAAGAAGCCCAGAUCACAACAGAGAAUGAUCAUUCCUAUUACAACUUGGGUCGGAGCACUAGCCUCAGUCCAAAGAAAGAAAGUGAACUAGCUGGUGAAGUCAUAGAUUUGAACAAUGAAUCAUCACAACAGAUUACAGUUCUGUAUGAUUGUUGGAGAACAGAGCAAAAUCAAACUGAAGAUAGUGCAAUGUCUAGAAUCCAGGCAAAGGUUUGUGACAAACAUAAACUUAGUAAAGACCCAUGGAAUGAGUUUGAACAGGCCUAUGGCAUUGAGCCAGCUGAAAGCCAAAGAGCAAAACAUGAAACUGAUGUUCUCGAACAAUUACAUGAACUAGACCUUGCAUUAGAACAAGAAAUGUAUGGUACAUCUGACAGUCAACCAGCAGAUGAUGAUUUAGAGACAAGUCUGUUACACUACGAUAGCACAGGGGAGAAUUCUGAGGAAGAUAGCAGUGUAUGCUUGGAAACAACAACAGAAUAUGCAUCAGAUGAGGAAAAUGAACUGUUUCAGUCUCAUAAAAGGUCAGGAGUGGAAGAUUUAGCUAGUGAUCAAGAAAAACAAAGUAUGAUUGCCUCACGUGCAUUGAGCAACAGAGUACUGGAGGAAGAGAAGAACUCUGCGACUAAUAUGUCAAUCCAGCACUCAAUCAGCAGCUGUGCGAUUAACAUUCAAACAUCAAAACAUUUACUGCAACAAGCUUUCAGUGCCCUUGAUCACAUUAAAAGAGGAUACAACCCUGAAGUAAACAAAAUACUGAAAAUUGCAGAAGAAACUAAAACACACGAUUUACCGAUCUUGGAGAUAGCUCCCAACACCCAGCUACCUGGCUUUGAUGAAGUUGACUAUCAGAAGAAAAGUGAAAAUGGGAAUCGAAGGAGUAAGCUGUGCAAUGACAGCCGCCUUGUGAUCCCUAUAGCUGUGGCUCCUCCAGGAUGCUAUCAGCUCCCAGUGUACAAAGUGAGAAAGAGGCACGGAGCUGAUCCUGUAGUGAGCAUUCAACCAGCAUCAAAGGUUCUGAAUUGGACUCAAGGUGACCACACAUCAGUAGUGAAACCUUGUUCUAAUGUUCUUGAUGUUCUAAAGACAUCAGACACCUAUGCAGAUGGGACACAAACUACCUGUUUAUUGAAGAAGCAAGUGAAUGAUGAAGAGUCUGGUAACAGCUCUGCCAUGGAUAAACAUGUUGCUUCUUUAUCAGAAUACAAGAGAACAUUGGCAAUGAAGAAUGAAGUUACAGACGUGAUUGAAAAGAUGGCCUCUGGAUGCCUGCCUGCUGCACAAGAGGAACCAGAGGACAAUAGUAGCCCACACAUAAAUGAAGAGGAAUUGUUCCGCCAUUUUGCAAAACUACCGUGGCAAUACAGGGAACAUCGGCAACAUCACAACAGUGACAAGGAGAAAAAAGGACUAGAGCUAGGUCACGAACAAAUGGGUUACAGCUCACACAAGAACACUUCCAAGGACACACUGAUUGAGAGUGACAGCAGUGCAGGUGUGGAGGAAAUUUUCCAGAGUUUUGCAGGACAGAAUGAAUCUUUUGAUAGCCAGUUAUCAGGAUGCAGUGAGGAAGAAAUGGAGACAACAAACCUCAACAAAACAUUCAUCACAAGACGAAUGCGAAAGAAAGCUCAAAAGGAAAAGAUGUACCACUCGUCAAUGUCAGAUUCAUCCCUCAGUGUGUCUGAUGAGUUUUUCACUCCCAAUCCCGAAAUGGUCUCUGUUUGUUCUGAAACUUCAACUAAUGUCGACCUCAACUCAAAUCAACUUACCAAAGAGUCCACUAGUUUUGAAGAAGAGUUAGAAAUUACCACAGCGAUUUAUCAGAAAAACGCAAGCUCUUCCAGAAGCUCAAGCAGUUUUGAUACUGAUGGUGUUGUAGAAGAAAACAGAAACAAGGAUGAAGACCAGAGCAGUUGUACACCUUCAUCUGGUGUUGAUCAGACAGCAGAAAUUGGGAAGGUCACAGACUUUCACCUGAAUCAGCCAGCAACAUCAGAAGGACCACUGCAUAAAAAUGAGAUAUCAUUUUCUGAUAUCCAGGACCUUUCCUGUAUUCCAAGCGAUGAACAGUUCUCCAACCAUCUGCUGCUAUCCAAAACGUCAUUAUUGACAAGUGUUCCUAUCAGUAACAGUACUCCAUAUUCAAACAGUACAGUGAGCAAGGAUGACGAAAGGAAAGCAUACAGCCAAGCUCCAACACAUGCAGAUGCAGCUGCAGUUCCCUCAGUAGCCAAGAAAGAGUUACUUGCACAGCAGAAUGUCACUGAAGAACUUGUGGUGAUCCAAGGGAUGAUCAAGGGGUUGAUGGAAGACAAUCAAUCAUACUCAGCUGAAGCUGAUUUUGGUCAUGCUACAAAAGUGACUACAACUUUCCUAUCGGAACCAGUCAGUGAAAAACCAUGUGCAAAGCCUCCCAGUUCCCUCACACCACAGACAGAUACUGUUGAUGGCCAAGUUGAGGAAGUGGCAAAGUUGUCAGAACUAGGGAUUCCCAGUGAGACAUUGGCCGAGUGGCAGGUUGUUGCAAGUGGAAUGCCUGGAAUGUUGGACAAGAACAAACAGAAUCAAGGGUCCUAUAAUCGGGCUUUGUUUCAGUUGGAAAGGUGA